AUGGGCCGGGCCGUGGAGAGCGAGGGGUGUGGUUGGUUAUAAACCCUGGGACACUGUUGUCCUGUUGUGAAGCCCUCUGUCCUGGAACCCUGCACCCCUCUGUCCUUCUAACUCGCCAUCACUUCAUAGUGGGACUCUUCUGCAGCAUCCAGUGAGGUCUGCAACAUCACUUGAGGAACCCAAAGAGUCAGGAACCAUGCUGACCAUUUUGGCGCUAGCAUCGGUCGUACUCCUGGGAAUAGGUAAAAAGUAUUUAAUUUUUCUUAAUAUAUCCCUAACCUUAGUCCUAACCCUAAGUACCAUGGUUCAUUACAAUACUUGCUACACUGUAAUUAUAGUAAUAACCACACAGUAAUAAGUCCGCUGUAAUGUAAAUUGUAACCGCAUAUAAUUGUUUUGAUUUAUGGUUAAAAAUAUACUUCUAAUAUGUUAAUUAUAUGAUUAAACCUUCUGAUCUGCUUUAAAGUUGCAUGUGAAAAAUGUUGCCUUAUCUUUAUCAUCAUCUUGAGUUAAAGGUUAAAGUUCACAUAGUGUCGGUGAUACAAUUUGAAUUAAUAACAUUUAUGAUGAAUGAUCUCGUAUGCUUUCUUUCUUUUCUUUUCUUAUAAAAAGCAUUAUAUACAUGCUUGGUAUUUCAUUCACAGCUGUACAUUAAACUAAUCCCGUGGGUCACUGAAUCUUGUUCACUCUGGGUUCUGCGUUAUUGGUGCAUUACUUAAUUAAUUAAUUAAUUAAUUAAUUAAAGGGAGAGGAAGUAAAAGAACCUGGGCAGAUGAUUAGUCUUGUAAUACGUUGUUAUACGGAUGUUAUAUUGUUGUGACUAUUAUUGUUAUAACUACAGAAACAUCUUGUUCUUCAUCCGUGUUUCUCUUAUACAGAGUUCAUUCCGUAAGGCUCACAAAGUUAACAUGAGGGCAUCAAUUUUGGGACUCACUCAGACAGUGUAUUGACAGCAUUUCUACACUUGAGCAGAGAUCAUCUUCUUUCCUUUCACGAUUGUUGCAGCUUUGUCAAAAUGUAAUUAAAAACGUCAAGUCUUAAUCCAUUGACAAGUUCUAUGUUGGCUGACAUCAUUUAUUCAAGGACGCUGGAGUUUUGGUUUCUACAUGUGAAAAUGUGAAAUGUGCAUCUUUAGAUAUUUGAAUGUGAUUUGUGUGUGAGUCAGUAUCUUGGGUCAAAAUCUUGAAUCAAACGGAAUACCAAAUACCCCAAAAUACUAGUGAUAAUAAUUGAUGAUAGCAAUGUUUGUAGAUGCCAUUACAUCAUUGGUGGUGGUUGUUGUACUGCAGUACUAAUUGCAUUUACGAUGGAAGUGAUAUAUUGAUUUUAUGGCAAAUAUAGAAUUUAACUUCAUAUUUCAAGGACAUAACAUAAGCUAUUUAUAAUCUGUGGGUAGUUAUGUUGUACUUUUUAGAUAUUAUCAGCGCCAAUCCUUGCUGCAUGCCAUCAUUGCACAUGUUCAUAGCUCAUUUGAACCUUGGAUAAAUAGUGGUUGUGUGUGUGGGAAUGGAUUUUGAAGUGUAUUCAAAAGGGAUCGAAUGAAAGACUUAAGGCUUUGCAACUGAAAGACAUUGAAAUGAACUUGAACGUGUUGUCCUCUUGACUGUCUUUUCAUAGUAAAUUAAAUGGUACAUCGACAGAAUAAUAGUUUUGAAGGUUGUGUUUAAUGAUAGACUCCACAAUAGUCUACUGGAACCAUAGUCUGGAAGAAACCCUUGCAACUGAAAAUGAAAACCCUUGUCUCUGUCUUACAUCCCAGGGGCACAUUUUUUAAGUGUGUAAUGCAUAUGUUUCUUAUUUAACCAUGUGUGCCCAAGUACACUCUAUCCUCUUGUCUGUUUUCAUAGUACGUAAAUCCUUUAUAUCCCCAGAAUAGUUUUGAAACAUGCAGUGAUGAUCUUUCGUGUUUAUAUAUUUUUAUUGAAACCACCAUAAACAUUUACAAUGGUAGAAACGUACAUAUAGGCAAUGAUACAAUGGUAUUUUGGAGGUAACAAAUGGUAAUGGUUCAAACAAGGAAGUGUGAAGUAGGUAAUGAUGGACCACAUGGGUGCUGAUCUUUCCUAUUUAACCCUGUGUAUUAACCCCUGUAGUGCCCCAGCAGUCCGAGGCCAUCGUCAUCUACACGGGUUGGGAGCGGCACGCCCUGGUGGGUUCCGACAUCCGUCUGUCCUGCUCCUUCUUCUCCUGGCGCUGGACCUCCGAUGACGUCACCUUCUCUUGGAGCUACCGGGCCGACGGUGCCAGGGACGCCAUCUCUGUACAUAUAUACUCUCCUCUAUCAUUAUCCUCCUCUAGCCUCCUCUAUGGAUGCGUCCCAAAUGGCACCCUAUUCCCUACAUAGUGCAUUUUUAAAAACAUUUUAAUCAUUUAGAAGACGCUCUUAUCCAGAGCGACUUACAGUUAGUGAGUGCAUACAUUUUUCAUUGUUAGUGAGUGCAUACAUAGUGCAUUGCUUUUAACCAGAGCCCUAUGAGCCUGUUCCUUAUAUAUAAUGCACCCUAUGGGUCCUGGUCAAAAGUAGUGCACUACAUAGGGUAUAGGGUGCCAUUUGGGAUGCUAACCUAUCACUUCUUUUUCAUUUCCUUCUCAUUCCCCUCAUCUCACCUGGUGCCAGCUCUCUCUCUUCUCGCUGUGCCUUGCCCUCCUUGGCCCCCAAUCUCACCCUCCCAUAUCCCCCUUGUCCCUCUCUCCUACUUUCAUUAUCUCACUCUCCUUCUCUCCUCCGCCUUCAUCCACCUCUUGCCUCUCUCCCUCUGAAACGAUAUCACCCCCUUCCUUCCUUCUCCCUCCUGUCCCUUUCUCUCUAACACAGUUGUUUAUUUUAGCACAUUUCAUCUGUACCGUAUCUAACAAUUCAUGUCAUCUUUAGCCUAGAUGUAGUCUGGUCUCAGAUCUGUUUCUGCUCUCUUGUCAACAACAUUUUGGCAUGACAGUUCCAUAAGGAGUUGGCAAGAGAGCAGAAACAGACUGGCAUCCAGGCUAGCCUAGAUAUAAAAGCAGACAAGAAACUGAAUCCCUUUUCCGGUCUUCCGUACUACAGAUCUUCCAUUACACCGGUGGAGCUCCCUACGUAGACAACAAGGGACCCUUCAGAGACAGGCUGGAGUUUGUGGGGAACCCUGGUCGCCGGGACGGAUCCAUCCUGCUCAAGAACCUAGACUUCGGAGACAACGGCACCUUCACCUGCGACGCCAAGAACCCACCUGACAUAGUGGGACGCGCCUCCAGUGUCAGACUGCUGGUCUUUGAGAAGGGUGAGAGCAUUGAAUUACUAGCCUGGGUAUCGGUCUGUUUGGGCCAUCAUGCCAUUUUCCAUGCCCCUCCUUGCCACUCCUUGUCAUGCAUGCGCUCCUUGUCAUGCCAAGCAUGUUUGGCAUGACAAGGAGUGGCAUGAUGGCACAAACUGAUCAGGGACCAGGCUAUAUAAUUACAUAUAGAAUCCCUAGAAUGGCAAGUAGACUGUCCUUGUCUUGCUUUCUCUUUGUUUGUAGUUUUCCUCUUCAUUCCUCUGCUUUUUCCUCCUGAUCUUUCUCUCUCUCCCCCUCUUCUCCCCUCUUCCUCAUUCUCUCUCUCUCUCCUCCCUUCCCUUCUCUCUCUCAGUUCCCAUCCAGGCCGGAGUGAUCACGGGGUCCAUCAUCGGUGCAGUGCUGGGUCUGCUGUUGCUCAUCGUUGUCAUUUAUUAUCUCAUGAGGUUCCUGGUGGCCCGCAGAGUCUUCAACCUCAGUGUCAGGUCAGUGCCCCUGUGCCUGGGUCUGUGGCCAAAGCCUGAGCCCAUCCCCGGCCUGGACACCUGUAUGGUUUAGCUGGCACUAGGUGGCACAAAGUUUUUUUUUUUUGUUAGUAAAUAUAUUGUUUAAGGUAUUUUUCAGAUUUUAUUGAACUGAUAGAGAGAGAGAGGAUGACAGUGGGGAAAGUGGUUGUGUCAAACAUGUGCCGGAGGCUGCGGCGUUACCGCUACACUACCCAGGCCACAGGUGGCACUAAGUUGACCACUAAUCAAGUUUUACAGUCAGUCUAUGAUCAUAUAAAUAGAACAGACUUGGAACCUCUGACCAUGGCAAUUUGACUGGUACUCAUGGGGACACUCACUAUGGCUAGCCUGGUACGGCAAUGCAUCAUUUCCAUGAUAAUUUAGUUCCAUUCUACUUCUGUAUCUAUGACGUUGUCUCCUAACCUACCUGGAGAGUCAGUGCUGUUCGGUUAUCUGUGAUGAAAUUAAAAAGCAGUAGUAUACUGUAACAGAAGCAGUAUAUCGCUUUGGCCACUAGAGGGAGAGGUGUGACAUCCACUUGACACUGUUCUCUUUUGUUUCCUCCAGCAAACAUGGAAAGAAAGGGAAGGGUAAAGAGGGAUCACAGCAGAGACAGGCAAGUCCUCUCGUCGUCGGCUCACUCACAACCACACAACGACAACAGCAGCUCACAACUACAGCACACAAGUACCGUACAACACAAGUCAUGUAAGAGUACAACGCCUAUAUGACAGCUCAUACCAUAGCAACUUGGUUAGACACAGCCACUGAGCCACACUGCAGACCAGUAUUGUUAGUAAGACUGCCACAGAGCAAAAACUAUUCAAUCCAGAAUCAACAUAAGAGGAAUGCAUUAUUGCGCCACCAAAGCAAACACAUUUAAUAGUCCUCUCCUGCUAUUAAACGAAACAGUCAUCAGUGUUGGAACGCUUUAAAACCACAGCCAGUCGCCCAAAAGCUUAAGAGCUAAAUUACCGCCCCUCCCCUCCUCAAGGGCUAAACAAACACAAUACAAUGGGUAAAUAGUCGGGAAGUUUACCCAUUUUUAACUGGCCUUAUUUUCACUUUUCUGUGUUUGUACUUUAUUCCCCAUACAGUCUUUUUUAAAUAUUUUGUUUAAUUACAGAGAAAAUUGGUGUGAAAGGCCCCGUGUAGCUCAGCAUGGCGGUUGCAACGCCAGGGUUGUGGGUUCGUUUCCCACGGGGGGCCAGUAUGAAAAAAAAAAUUAUGCACUCACUAACUGUAAGUCGCUCUGGAUAAGAGCGUCUGCUAAAUGACUAAAAUGUAAAUGUAACAUUUUUUUUAAUGUUGCUGAGUCACCACUUGCUAUAUUGAUUUAUAAUGCAAUAUGCAAAUAUGUCUAAACAUAUUAUAAAACAUUCUAAAACACUCCACACCAACUCAUAAUACAUCAGAAUCCCAUUCUGAAUAAUGUCUCUGCGCAACAUUUUUGAGAAAAAUAAAUCCAUUGUGCCAUAAAUCCAUGUUUGAAUGAUGCUGUUUACAACAACAAAAAGAUGCAACUAUGGAUUUAUGGGACAGUGAUGUUUUUUUAUUUUUUAUUUUGGGGGGGGGGGGGGCGUAAUUUAGUGCAGAGACAGCAUUCAGAAUGGAAUGAUUUGGACACAUUUUCACAAUGCAUUGUAGUCAAUGGCAAGUGAUCUCAGCAAAAUGUGUCUACUAAUUUUCUCUGUAACGAAACAAAAUAUUAAACAGUUUGGGGAAUCAACUACAAGAAACAGAAAGAGUGAAAAGGCCACAUGUAAAAAUGGGUGAACUUCCCCUAACACCAGCCACACUUGUGAAAUGGCUGCAGCAAGGUCGUGUUGUACAGUAAUUCAAUUCCCUGUGAAUGGAACUGAGUUGCUCUCAGUGGGAGAGAAAGUAGAGAAAGAGGGAGACCUACUGAUUCUACUUCCUGUGAGUCAAAUGAAAAUCACUGGCCCUAUUAUUGGCUCACAGAUAUCCCAAAUUACACUGAGUCACACAGUCACACUGGGGAUAAGUGCAAGGCAAGGGGGUGGAUGCAUCCCAAAUGGCACCCUAUUCCCUAUAUAGUGUGUUACAUUUGACUAGUGUAGUGCACUAUAUGGAAUUGGGUGCCAUUUGGGAUGCGGCCUUAGUAUUUGAUUAAUAUAACACUCAUUCUUUCUUGUAUGCUUUUGGUAUUACCGGUGGUUCCUCCCAGGGCAAAUUAAGUUAAAUUAUUUUCUAAAUUGCGAGAGAGAUAUUCCAUGUCAAAUAGAAUGAUGAUGUAUGCUGGUAAAUGACAUCCUAAGGUAUUGAUCAAUUCACUAAGACAUCUUAAUGGAAGUAGCCAAGGGUCUAGGAUUGCUAAAUCCUGGUAACUUUCCCAAGUUUUCCAGAACCAGGAUUUCUGGAAAACCUGAACAUUUUGGGAAAGUUUACGGAAUUUUGCAACACUACAAGGGACAGUUUGGUGUGUAGUUUGUUCACUCACAGUAUUGUUCAGGAAUCAAUCAGGUAUGCAGCUACUGUAUCACUGGGUCAGUGGCGUGUGGCUGGGGGUCUGUACAGUGUCAGAGGUCAGGGAUUAGAGUCAGGGUUUACUACAGCAUUAGAGUGCACUCUCAUUCUCCUCUCCCCACAGCUCUCACUGACUGUGUCCAAAAUGGAACACUAUUCCCUAUAUAGUCCACUACUACUUUUUACCAGAGCCCUGGUCAAAAGUAGUGUAAUGUCUGCAUCCCAAAUGGCAAGGGUCCUGGUCAAAGGUAGUGCACUAUAUAGGGUGCUAUUUGGGAUUCACACGUUGUCACAUGACUGAUUGUCAGGUUGCAUUUGAGUUGCAGUCAGUUGCACAAAUUGCAUGGAGCUUGGGUGCAUAAAUUAAUAAUAUAGCUCACAGUCAAAAGGACUGUUGCUGAAAUUCUGACGGAGUUGCCAUAUACACAUAUUCACCAUGAGCAAUUAAUUUCAUGGUGCGAAAAAAAAAUAAUCAAAACAGCCUUCUCCUCAUUAUGGCUCCUCUCUUUUAAACUAUACAGUGUGUAAACGUGUUUACAGGGUUUUCAUAUAUAGGGUUGACUUACAUUUGUAAGAUGUGCUGUUUUAUCAAACAGGCCUUAUCUUCUUCCCAAAUUGCACCCUAUUCCCUACAUAGUGCACUACUUAUGACCAGAGCCUUAUGGGCCCUGGUCAAAAGUAGUCCUAAGGAAUAGGGUGCCAUUUGGGACAUAAACAGGGUUUUCAUAUAUAGGGUUUACUUGCACUUGUAAAACAUGCCGUUUGAUCGAACAGGCCUUAUUUAGUGCUACGCUGACUCCACACAAUCUGUAUCAGCCACUGUAUCUGGGUUAUUUUUAUUUGCUGGGCUUGCACAACAAAGCUGCGAGAAUCUCAUUGCAUGCAUCCCAAAUGGCACCCUAUUCCCUAUGGGCUCUGGUCAAAAGUAGUGCACUAUAUAGGGAAUAGGGUGCAAUUUAGAAUGAAACCACCAUCGUGUGGCAUCUUCGUUCACCAUUACUCCAUUAGGGGAGGGAGGCAGAGUGGGAGAGAGAGUAUUGGUAGCUGACUGGAGCCUGAAGCAGCACACAGCACACAACAGGCUGUACUGGAAUGAUAAUAGAGUGCACUCAAUAUUGAUCCCAGCUAACAAACCAUCCCCACCCAUUCUCUCCAUUCCUCCCUCUCACUCACUCACUAGCUCACUCACAUUCCCUUCAUCUAGUCCCGGUCUCCCCCUUUCUUUUCAGUCUCAUCCUCUUUCUUGUCCUCCCUCCUUCUUCUCUUGUCUGUCUAUCCUUCCUCUUCUCCAUCCGGGUGGCCGUGAGAAGCCCCUCUUUCUUUCUUUCUUCCUUUCUUUCUGUCUUUUCUUGUUCUGUCUCUCUCUCCACAGGUGAACAGCCAGUUGUUAGUUUUUGGAUCUGUUUCUGUUUAACUGAUCCAUCCUCUAAUCAAUCUCUACCUCUACCGGUCUCUAUCUCUAUUUAGUAAGGAACUUAGCUUAGCUCCUAACCCCCUUUUCUGUCUGCGUCCCAAAUGGCAACCUAUUCCCUAUGAAGUACACUACUUUUGACUAAGUAGUGCACUAUAUAGGGAAUAGGGUGCCAUUUUGGACGUAACAUCUGUCCAUAGGCACUGUAGCUAGAGCCAUGUACUUGACCGUUUACCCUUUCCAUAGCAGCCCAGUGCCUCUUUAUGUUAGCACUUGCUUUUCAGUGAAGUAAUUACAUUAGAUUGCUCUGACCUUUCCUUUUCACUAACUCAGAGGCCACUUUCCUCUUGCAGGUGGCCUCUCUACUGAGCCCUUUACCUUCCCAGUCCACUCCCUUGCUCCCACGUCCUUAGCUCCAGUAAGAUGAGGGUUUGCAGAAAGAUGUUAUUGGUUGUAAUUGUCAUGGUCCAUUCGGUAGAUGAAUGUGUUUGAGUGAACUGAUGGCAAUGCAUGUGUGAACUGAUGCAUCUGUGAUUGGUGCAUGUCUGGGUGUUGAUUGGUAAAAGUGACUCAAAGCUGCAUUUUAAGAGGGCCUGCUAUGUUGGAAAUAGAUGUGUAGCAGUCCUGUGUCAGAUGUUAGAUCUGACUGUAGUAGUCCUGUCACUCUGUCCCUAACUCAUCAAUGCCUGUUUUGUCACCCCUUGCAGCCCUGGAGACCGCCACCCGUCACUUGCCUCCCCCUUACCUCCUAAAUAUGACUCUUUCUCUCUUUUUCUCCUAAAUGUACCUCUCUCUCUCUGCUCUAAUGUAAAUACCUCCCUCCCUCCUUCAAUCCUAAUCCAUCUAUUGCAUCAUUGUUAACAUGCCCAUCGAUCUCCCCCAUCUCCCCCGUGCUAACACUACUUCUCUCCCCCUCCCUCUCCCCUUCUCUCCUUUCUCACCCUCCUCCUUUCCUCCUGAAGUGACUCCUCUCCUCCCCUGUUCCCUCCUCCUCUCCACAGGGCCCAACUCUCUCCAUCGGAGACCCGUCCAAGCUGAAGGCCGCCGCCUCAGAAAAGAAGAAGCAGGAGUCGCGCAAGGAUAAGAAAUAGGAUACGGGGAGCAGAGAGCUAGAGUCCCAACACACAGCCCUGCCCAAAGUAUUGAGACAGCCAGAGAGAGCAGGAACAGGGGGAGGGGACUCACCCAAGGGGGAAGGGCCUGGGAGGGUGCUGAUGACCAUCGAGCUGGAGCUCUCUAAGUGGGAAAAAGAGGGGGAGGGGAAAGGGGGUGGGUCCGCCUCGGCCAAAUCAACCAGUUUCCUAUCCCUGUCCCAGCUCUCCAAAAAACUGACCCUGAAAUAAGUGAAUGAGGAUCAUACUGGAGAGGGAGGCAGCGGAGGACCUUAAAGAGGCAGUCUCAAAGAACUGUAAGGCUGUGUCCCAAAUAGCACCAUAUUCCCUACAUAGUGCA